AUGGCCCAGUUAGGUACAUCAUCAUCACCACCGGAACCUGUUCUCGAAGUUCCACCACCGCAGGAAAUUAAAAUUCUUGAAAGUGCCGAAGAUAUUCAG